CAGCAGGGCACGGGGCAGGGCUGGGUGGAGCAGGGGAAGGGGGCAUGCAGGCUGCAUGGAGAGGGGGGGCCCUGGAGAGAGGAGGAGGUAUAGAGCGGGGGGGGGCUGUAGAGAGGGGUUUGCAGCAUGGGUGCUCCAACUCGCCUCCUCGUGGUGGGUUGCAGUUUAGCUGGCGGGUUCAGCCCUUGGCCGACGGCCCUCGCUCCCAUGCACAUGCACAGACACAUGGGCAUGAGCAUGGGCAAGGUCAUGGGUACUCGCACCCACACCCGCACGGCCACGGGCAUGGGCAUGGCGCAACGGGCUAUGGAGACCGGCCACCUUCCCCAUCACGCUCCCCUCACCGCCGGCCUCCCCAUCUGCACCGUGGGCCCGACAACCCCAUCUCCUUCGCCGCUCCCCGGCACCACCCACCUCCUCCCAUGCACCACCACCACCUGCCCUCGCAGCAGCAGCAGCAGCAGCACCAGCAGCAGCUGCAGCAGCAGCAGCAAAGGGGGCAAGCCUCUUGGAGCCCGUUCUUGGGCAUGGGCCCACCCCCCCUUCCCCAGCACCACCACCAGCUGCAGGCGCCGCCGCCACAGCAGCCCAUGCCUCACUCUCCGCCGGACUCUCCGGGACGUCAGUACCGCUGUGCUGGUGGUGCGCCUGGGGUCAUGGGCGGGGGUGGUGGCGGUGGUGCAGCAGCAGGAGGCAUGGCCCAGCGCGCCUCCUUUCGCCGGCCCGUUAGCUUCCGGCACCCACAACAGCAGCAGCAGCAGCAACAGCAGCCGUCGCCGCCAGCCCAGCAGCAGCCUCAUUUCAACAGGUGGAGAUCACACGGCCCCCCUUAGCUCUUGACCUUGCCCCCCCCACCACUGCGUGCCCCCAUGCUCCUGCCCUUUACAUUCCCGCACUAUCCCUCUCUCCACCCUUCUCUCCAGUUCUCUCUCACUUCCCUUUCCCCUAUUCCGCUUCCUCCCUUGCACAUCCGGUGCACUCGCUUGCUUCCUACCUCUCCCUCUCUCGUCUUUCCAGCUCCCUCUCUCUAGGAAAGGCAUGACUUUGGUGUGUCUAGUUAACGUGCCUACCUACAGGCACGUAGGGUGGAUUUGCUGAGGCAUGGUACGAGUGCGAGUGUGUGUGAGUAUGAAUGCUGGGAAGGGGAAGGGGCAGUACACUCCGUGGUCUUUUAGACAAUGGCGGCAACUUGUGUGCAAGACAUGACGCAAGCAACCAUUUUGCCCAGGUUUGGUUUGGAAGGGUUAUAUGGUGCACCUUGAACACCUCAAAAGGUUGUGAAACUGAAGAGCUAAGACUAAAACUGUGAAGAACUAGCGAGUAAAUUCGAUCGGGCUGCAGACACUACACUAGGAACACAUUCUUGCAAUAACAGAGCAUUAGUGCGAGACAUCAUUGCUAGAGUACUGGAUGGAGUUUCUGUCUUAGCAUGGCUAUUGUAGCAGGGCCGCCCCAAGCCCAGCUGCUCCCGCCCUACCCAACCGCUGUAGCUCGUAGAAAAGGCAUCAGGCAGCAGAGUUGUUGGACUACAGAUUUUAUUUAGAGGCUGUGCAGGAUGCGUUCAUUUCUGAUUGUGACUUUCAGUCGGGCUUUGGAGGGAGGGCUGUCACAGGAGGGCUUUAGCAAAUGGG